AUGUAUAGAUUGAUCAGCUCCUCUAUAGUACGACGUACCAAUACUUAUCUAAGAUAUGGUAUACAUUCACAACAACAACAACAGCUGCGACAACCAACAUCCACCACAACAACUACAACCAAUAGUAGUAGUAGUAGUAGUGACAGCAGCAAUGACAACAUCAUUGAUAUCAACAAGAUCAUAACGAUCAAAGAGUUUGACAUCAAGACCAAUAAGAAUACCAACACUCUGCGAUUCGAUGCUCUAGGUCCAAAUGACCAAGUGGACCUUAAUGCCAUUGCCAAGAUGGAGCCAACAUUGUUCAAACAACACUGCACAUCGAUCAAUAUGAGACCAUUCACCAGUAUCAAGCGAGCACCAGCCUACUAUAUCCAGUUUGACAGUGCAGACACGUGCACACAGCUCUAUCAACGUCUCUCUGUACACAAUGGCACAUUGUUCAACGUUCGUCUGCUCAAGUCCACUCUACAGCCAAUGUAUGAACUCAAUGAGGAGAGCAUCGAGCAACUGCCCAAGGGUGCGGUCGAGUGGCAAGACACCCUGAACCUACCAGUGAUCAUUAUCAAUGAAGCAGAGGAAGUGGAUGCUGCUGUUCGUCGACUGUUGAAUGGCAAGUUGCCCAAUGAUGUCACUGUCGACGAUGACAUUGUGAUUGGCAUGGACUGUGAGUGGCCUGCCCUUAGAAAGUUCCUGUUGAACGAGGAUCCAAAAGUUAGUCUAAUACAAAUGACUAAUGGAAAAGAGCUGGUAUUGUUUAGAAUAUGUCAUUGUGGAUUGGAUGGAUCACUAAGACAGUUACUUCAGAGCGAUAGGAUAUUGAAGGUUGGUUAUGGUGUAUCAAAGGAUGCAAACAGGAUCAAAGCAAACUUUGAUGUAUUCGUGGAUAAUAUAUCAGACAUCCAAUAUGAUCCAGUAGUGUUGAGAAUGCAACCAAACAGACUACAUCAUAUAGUUGCCAAGUUCUGUGGAGUUAAUAUAUACCGAACAAAGACAGAGUCCAUUUCUAAUUGGGCAACAACAAAGGAUCUGUCACAUAAUCAAAUAGAGUUGGCGUGCAAUGAGGUAUAUUACUCAAGGAAGCUUUACUUUGAACUUAAGAAUCACGCUGUUGACUAUGACUUGAGACAACAACAUUGA